GGAGCAUGCGCGGCGGGGGUCAUCCAGGUCCCGGAUCUCUAUCCCUCGGAACUCCGGGAGAGCCGGUGGAUCCGGAAGUCGGGCGGGAGCGGCUUCCGGGCUUGUGGGCGUGCGCAAGAAGCGCGGGGAAACGAGCAGGCAGGAGGGGCAGGCGACGGCGGCGGCUGUUGGGUGGGGAGCCGGGGCGGCCCUCGGCGCGCUCCCAUAAUGCCGGGCAUGGUGCUGUUCGGCCGGCGCUGGGCCAUAGCCAGCGACGACCUGGUCUUCCCGGGCGCCUUCGAGCUGUUCUUUCGGGUGGCCUGGUGGAUUGGAAUUCUUGUUUUGUAUCUUAAACAGAAAGGAAAGCUUAAUUGUGUUGGGGGAGCUUUGUUGAACAGCUAUCUGAUUGUACUCAUUAUUCUUCUGGCUGUUAUAAUUUGUGUUGUAUCAGCAGUUGUGUAUGUCAGCAUGAAAGGAACCAUUUGUAAUCCUGGACCACGGAAGUCUAUGCCCAAGCUGGUGUAUAUUCGUCUAGCACUGUUUUUGCCAGAGAUGGUCUGGGCUUCUCUGGGGGCAGCUUGGAUAGCAGACAGUGGUGUUCACUGUGAUAAGACAGUUGUGAAUGCCAUAAUUGCAACAGUCAUUGUCAGUUGGAUAAUCAUCGCUUCUACUGUGGUUACCGUUAUUAUUGUCUUUGAUCCACUGGGAGGGAAAAUGUCUCCUUAUUCUACUUCCAGUACAGAUCCCCUGGAUACUAAUGAUUCAAGCCAACUAUUGAAUGGCCUCAAGACAGCAGCAAGAAGUGUGUGGGAAACUAGGAUCAAGUUAAUGUGCUGUUGCAUUGGGAAAGAUGACCACACUCGAGUUGCUUUUUCCAGUACAGCAGAGCUUUUCUCAACCUACUUUUCAGACACUGAUCUUGUGCCUAGCGAUAUAGCUGCAGGUUUAACUCUUCUCCAUCAGCAGCAAGAUAAGAAAAGAAAGGAUCUUGAGGAAGUUGUAAGCCAUUCCCUAGUGGCCUCCCAGGAAUCCGAUUUGGAUACAGAAUUGGAAAAUUGUCACCAUUAUGUGCAGUUUGCAGCAGCUGCUUAUGGGUGGCCUCUUUAUAUUUAUACAAAUCCAUUUACAGGUUUCUGCAGGAUUGGUGGUGAUUGUUGCAGAAAUAGAACAGCAGAAUAUGAAUUUAUUGGAGGUGAUCAUCUCAGUUGUCAUUUUGGAUCCAUCCUGAAGACAACUGGGCUACACUACAGGGAUUUCAUUCACAUCAGCUUUCAUGAUAAGGUGUUUGAACUUCCUUUUUUAGUCGCUUUAGAUCAUAGGAAAGAAACUAUUGUGGUAGCUGUAAGAGGAACCAUGUCUCUCCAGGAUAUCCUCACUGAUCUGUCAGCUGAGAGUGAGAGCCUGAAUUUAGAAUGUGAGGUACAAGAUUGUUUUGCACAUAAGGGGAUUUCUCAGGCUGCCAAAUAUGUUUACCAAAGAUUGAUCAGCGAUGGAAUUUUGAGUCAAGCAUUCAGCAUUGCACCUGAAUACCGGCUUGUUGUAGUAGGUCACAGCCUGGGGGCAGGAGCAGCUUCUUUAUUAGCCAUCAUGCUCAAAAAUUCCUAUCCAGAAGUCAAGUGUUAUGCCUUUUCUCCUCCCAGGGGACUGCUGAGCAAAUCCCUUUCUGAAUAUUCCAAAAGCUUUAUUGUAUCACUUGUUCUUGGAAAGGAUGUUAUCCCAAGGUUAAGUGUGACCAACUUGGAAGAUUUAAAGAGAAGAAUACUGAGAGUGAUAGCUCAUUGUAAUAAGCCUAAGUAUAAGAUCCUGUUGCAUGGAUGUUGGUAUGAACUGUUUGGAGGGGAUCCAGAUAACUUCCCAACAGAGUUGGAAGGGGGAAACCAGGUAGACCUGACUCAGCCUCUGCUGGGAGAACAAAGUCUGUUGAUACAUGGGUCACCUUCAUACAAUGUUUUUGAUGAAUCUCCUAGAGAAUCCCCAACUCGGUAUCCUUAUCUGUAUCCUCCUGGAAGAAUUAUCCACCUUGUUGAGGAUGACAGUUCAGGGAGGUCUUAUUGCUGUUCUACUUCCAGAUAUAAUGCAAAGUGGGCAACCGAAGCAGAAUUCAGCAAAAUUCUUAUAGGCCCUAAAAUGUUAACGGACCACAUGCCAGACAUCCUCAUUAGAGCCUUAGAUAGUGUAGUCUCUGAGAGAGCAACUUGUAUUUCUUGUCCAACACAAGGAGACUUUAAUACUAAUAUAGUAUAACCAUAGCUGUUGGAAAACAACAGUAUUUUUCAUCAUAUUUUGGAUACCUCUGGGACAACUGACUGAUUUGUAUUUGAAUAAUUUAUAAAGAAAUUAGAGAUUGGGUUUUCAUCACUUGGAAGUAACCAGUUAACCUGGGGGGAUUUUGAAGGUACUCUUUGAGGAAACCUCUGUAUGAGGAAGAGUGACUAAUGGAAUGAACCUUAAAUGAUACUUUUAACAGAAUCAGGUAUGAAGAGAGAAAGCACUUCCAGACAUGAAAGCAAUCGCAGAAGAGCCUAUAGGAAACUGUUUUUGGAGACUUAAAGAAGGAUGUGGCCACUUUCUCUGUCAGCCUUGAAAGAAAUUGCUACUUUCCCAUAGCCAUCUUAGAAGGGGCUUAUUAUAAUUGUGGCUGAAAUUUAGCACAAGAAAUAGAGGUUGGUAUCCUUAUUGUCACAUCUAACAGCCAUAUUUUAAAUCAUGAAAUUUAUCUGCAGGGCUUAAUUACCUCAGAUACAACCCCUUUACCAGAAAGGCCUGUAGUAUCUCAGAAGUUUAAAUUUAUUUGAUCCUUUUUUUCUCCAGGCUUCCAAAUAUGUAAUACAUUUUUAAUCAUGGAUUUUCCUAACUCAGUCAAACCCAAAUUUAUUUAGCCAUGACAAGGACAAAAAAAAAAUCUCCAUAGGGAUAUGCUAAAAGUUUCAAUAAAACACUUACUAGCUGUGUGACCCUGGGCAAGUCAUUUAACCCUGAUUGCCUUGCCAAAAAAAAAAAAGUUUUAAUAAAAAGGUUACCCUCAGGGAGAGGUGAGGCAAAAUACUGUCAGUAACCCCUUAGAUAAACGUUGAACUAUCUAUGUAGAGAACUCUUAGUGGGAAUCCUUUUGGUAAGCCCCCUUAGCCACAGACUUCUGCUCAAGUGGAACUCUCCUCCCUAAAACUGUGGGAGAGCAGGAAGGGAGGUCCAUAGAGCAGAGAAUGCUGGUCCCUCAGUGUGUACUUUCUGACCUCAGCCAUCAUUAAGAGCCUUUUCUGCAUUAUUUGGACUUGCUUUUCACUUUUAGGACUCCACCCUAAUAUCAACAGAACUGUUGUUUAUAAAUCUUCUUUCACGUAAAACUCUUUUUUUGUAGUGGCUUAUGUAUCUUUUUUCCCCUUCUUUGGGGGAUCAUAAAAGAUCAUAAAAAAACAAAAAACAAAGCACUUACACAGGUUACUACAGUACUCACAGUGAUGCACUUUUGUAUGGAAUUUGUUUCCUAGAAGUUAGUACUAAUGUUUUACUCUGUGAUCAAAAAGCAAUUAUGUUUUGCAUGUAUUUAUACUGGGCUAUUGUAAAUAGAAGUCUUAAGAAUUUUUGUGAAUAUGAUAAUAUCUUCAAAAAAAAGACUAGGAAUGGAGUAGAGGCUUCAGAUUUAGAAAGAGAACAUUCCAUUCACAUUCUGGAGUGUUCUAGAAGGACAGUGUUCUCAUUACAGUUUAUUUAUAAUCUCUACCCUUCCUUUUGCUGCUUGAUCUUGAAGUAAAAUUUAUGCUCUUUAUGACUUUUAAUUUUUAAAGGUGAUAGUUUUAAUACUGGAUCUGUUUUAUAGGUAGUAGGGUCACCUUAAGGGCACCCAUAUUCUCUUCAAAAGAAUCACAGAGGUUUGGUAUUGGAAGGAAGCUUACUAGCCAUCUAGUAAAACUCAUGCCCAAAAAAGAAUCCUCACUACAACGUCUCCAUUAAGUAGUCAUUUAUGCUUGAAGGCAUUAAAUGCGGAGGAACCAAUUACCUUUUGAAACAUUCCAUUUUUGGAUAGAUCAAGUUGUUAAGAAUUUUUUCCUGAUAUAAACCAACAAAUACUUAUUAAGCAUAGGAGAUGCAAAGACAAAAAUGAAAGAAUUCGUGCCCUCAAGGAAUUUAACACUCUGAUGGGGGAGGCAACUUUUUAUUUACAUAUGCAGAAUAUAUACAAAGUAAAUUAGAGACGUUUUGGGGAGGAAGAGAUCCUGGAGGCUUCGUGCAGUCUGUAGAAGGCAGUACUUGAUCUGAGUCUUAAAGAAAACAAGAAUUUCAAGAGGUUAGUAAGUUAGGCAGAUAUUUCAGGCAUGAGAUAAAGAACAUGCAAAGGCCAGAUGGGUGAGCUGUGUGUGAGGAUAACUUGAGUAAAUCAUCAUGUCUAAAACUAAAGGUGUCACACAUGCAGCCUCAAUACUCUGAAGUGUGGCCAGAACCAAAUUAAAAAGUAAUUGGGAAAAAAUUUUUUUAAAAAAUACAGUAGAACAGAGAUAAUAUUAAUGGGUAUCUUUCUAAGUCAGUAAAUGUUUAUUAGCGAUCCUUGUGUAUGGUUUAGAGCCCUACCCCUUUCCCCUUUUGUUUGAGUUUGACACCAGUGGUCCAGACUGUCCAUUUCAGGAAGAGGAAUAAAAUGGCAUGAGUAUGGUAAGUUAGGUUGGGACCAACUUAUGAAGGGCUUUAAAUGCCAACGGAAGAGUUUAUAUUUUAUCCAUUUGGGAGCCACUAGAAUUUGAGAGGGAGGUAGCCUGUUCAAAUGUACAAUUAAGAAAAUCACUUGGACAGCUAUGUGGAAGAAUGGGUUCCAAUGGGGAAAGAUCUGUAAGACCAGUCUGGCUGUUGGAAGAGCCUAGGAAAGAGGUGAUAAGGGCCUGAGCCAAGGUGAUGGCUCUGUGAAUAGAAAAGAGGACAGGUGUGAGAAACAGGAAGUAGAAAUGACAUUCGGCAAAUGAUUGGGUUUGUGGGGUGAACAUGGAGUUGAUGACAUCCUUGGGGGAGGGGUUAGGUUUUCAAGAGGGGCUGGUGGAAUGGGUUACUGUUUUGGAUAUAGUGAGGUUCAAGUGACAGUCAUUUUGAAAUGCCCAUUAGGUAGUCCAUGAUGUGAGGAAGUAGAAGGAUGAAGGCUAAGUAUAUAAGUCAAUCUGGGAGUCACCUGCACAGAGAUAAUAAUUGAGCUCAUGGGAGCUGAUGAGGUUACUAAGUGUAGAAAGAAAAGAGCCUAAAUUUCUCUUUGCAAUUUCUACCCCAUUGUUCCUUGUUUAAGCAAAAUAAGUUUAAUCCCCCCCCUUUUUUUUAAUUUUCCAGAAAAACUUCCUAACAGAACUUUUCAAAAGUGGAAUGGAUUGUCUUAUUGUAGUUUUCCUAGCAAAAGCCUAAUGAUCACUUUUUCUCCGUGUUCUAAAUUGUUUUAAGUUAAAGUACCCAUACUUUCUGUUUACAAAUGGUAAACUACAAAAUUAAAAGCAUUAUGGCCCAUUAGUCAAAAUGCUAA